AAUAUAUUCAUUUAUUAUUAUAAAAAUAUAUCAAAUACAAACAGAUUACUAUGAACGCGCGCUUAUUAAACCCAUGCGGAGUUGUUGUUAUGAUUUUGACAGUUAACGUGUGAUGUUUGUUUCCAAGUUUUGUAUCAUUCAGUCUUUACGCGAAGUUGCUCUGACGUAGCGCCAGGGCAAUGGCAACACCGUUUGUUCCCGUGCCUGUGCCCGUGGAAGACACUAAGACUAGGCGGGCGCAGAGAGCGCUAUCGACGGGCAGCGGGUCCUCAGAUCGGAGCUCAGGUCGCAGGAGGGCCGCGGCGGCGUGUCAGAGUCCCAUCACCUGCGCCAGACUUAACGGGACCGAGCGCUCGGUGAAAUAUUCCAGUUCCUCUCAUCAGGACAGCCCACCAGAAACCCCCGAGCCUGGCUCUGAAGAGCGGCCCAUCACGCCCACCGUGCUGGGAUACGAAGUGAUGGAGGAGCGGGCCAAAUUCACCGUGUAUAAGAUUCUAGUGAAGAAAAGUCCAGAAGAGAGCUGGGUCAUCUUUAGACGCUACACUGACUUUUCAAGACUCAAUGAUAAGCUAAAAGAGAUGUUUCCUGGAUUCAGACUGUCUCUUCCUCCGAAGCGCUGGUUUAAAGAUAAUUAUGAGACUGAGUUUUUGGAGGACAGACAGCUGGGCUUACAGGCUUUCUUGCAGAACCUUGUGGCCCAUAAAGACAUUGCCAACUGUAUGGCAGUUCGGGAGUUCCUAUGUCUUGAUGAUCCACCGGGCCCGUUCGACAGUCUGGAGGAGAGUCGGGCAUUCUGUGAGACACUGGAGGAGUGUAACUACAGGCUUCAGAAGGAAUUACUUGAGAAACAGCGAGAAAUCAACUGCUUGAAGACCACACUGAAGGAGAAAGAGCGCCACAUUCAGACACUUGAAAUGAGUAUCAACGGUGAGGUUCUCACUCCAGACAGUCCGUGUUGUGUGUCUGGUCCAGGCAGUGACAGCAGUGUAGAUGUGGAAUCAUCUGCUGUUGAAGCGGACCAGGAGCUGCCUGAUGGGAAUGACUGUGCUCUUCAGUCAGGUCAGAGCUCUGUGUGUUGGUGCGGUCCAGCCGUCAGCUCCAGUUCUCCUCCUGUCAUUCAGGUCACUCGUCUAGAACACUGAUCAAUAGAAAGAAGUCCUUGCAUUUUUUUUUCUCUUCAUGCUCAGGUCGGUUGUUUGAUCUCAGCCAAAGAAGAACGCCCCACCCAAAGACACAAAACAAACAGAUCUUACUCCACUACAGGAAGCAGAAUUGUUUGUCAGUGACAAUCUGAGAUGAAAAUCAUGAAGUUCUGGCUGUUACUCCUGCAAACAAUGAGGAAAAUUCUCUCUGUCUGUUCUCAGGGUCAUUUGUGUUCAAUUUUAUUUGUUGCGAGUUCGAGGUGUACAUGAGUACAGGGAUGGGAUUUAGUUUUUGUCUUUUAUUUUUUUGCUUUAAUUGUACUCGUUUUAACAUUGAAUCAGCUUUUCAAUAGAGUUUCAUUCAGAUUCCUGAGACACCACAUGUUGCAUUGACAUCACUACACGUCACAUGACUAGUUUUUUGCACUUACUUGCUUUAAAAUGUUGUGUCCUGAUUUAGAUGGCCUGUUAAUUCAUAUUCAUGACCUGUAUGGAUUUUGUCAGUCUUGACUUUCAUGUCAUACAUUCCAUCAUUAUCACACAAAUGUGUUUGCCAGCUCCAGUUCUUGGUUUCAGUUUUCUGCAUCACAAACCCUUUCUUUAGUCUUUUCUGAUAUGUUAAUGAUAAAUGUAAGUGAGGCCUAACGCUCCUGUCUGCAGUAUGCUUGUAACUGUAACGGGGCGCAUGAUGCACUUUAAGUUCCUGAAGGAUUAUGGGAAAGAUGCUCCUACACUACUCGAUAAAAGCAUGUUGAUGAAUACCAUGGUAAAACUUCUUGUGAAGCAGUGCCUUUCCAGUGUGACAUCUAAAUUUCUCGGGCAUAAUAACAUGGUGCCUUGUAUCUUAAUCUCUAUAGAGUUUUAUGUAUUUAAAUGACGUAUUCAAUUUUGCCAUGGAUGUUUUUGCUUCAGAUUUGACUUGGCAUAUUCAAAAAUGUCUCUCGGGUGUUUUGUGAACAACUACAUUUAUAUUAUCCAGGGGAACGCAGGUUAGUUCUUGACGCAGAGAGAUGAUGUUAAGCAGACAUGAUGUGAUCUAUGUGUGUUAACAUAUUAAUCUGUUGUUAAAUUAGUUUUAUAUCAUGGAUUUCCAGAAAUGUUUACGUUUGCUAAAAUUUGAUCUUGUCAUUCUUUUGAUUGUUACAAUAACUCAUGUUAUGCAAAUACGAUUAUGGGUUUUGUAGAUUGACUAAUGGCAGAAAAAAUGUAUUGGAAAAAUUUCCAAUGUUAUGAUGAUUUGCAUAUAUAAUACUAAUAAAACAACUCCAUGUUGGGAA